GUCACCCCCUUCGCGGCCCGGGCUGCAGCCUCCGCUUGACUUCUUUCACACGGGUAGCUUCGGAGGAAUCCGCCGUGCAAAUCUGUCCGCCCCCUUGGCCACUGAGCCCCCGAAGAGCUUCUGUCGCCGCUCUAGGGUAAAGGAGAGCUGCCCCUGCCCCCGCCUAGCCGAGGUGCGUCGGCCCCCGCGCUUCUCCAGCCCGGCAUCGGGUCUGGCGGGACCGGGAGCGGCGGAGGCCGCGCGCGUCCGGUCUUCCAGGAGCCGCCUCGGAAUCCCCAGUCUCAGCGCUGGCAGGCUUGGCUUCCCGCCGGCCUCCGUGUUGCGCCCCGGCGCCAGAGUGGCCGGGUGUGGAGAUCUUCCCUCCUCUGGGUCAAAGAGCCUGCUCUCCUCGCCCCUCUUCUCCCCUGGAGCUCUAAACCUUCGAAUACAGACAUUGAAGUUUGGGACAAGAUAUUUAUCUAACUUCUGUGUCAAAAUUAACGACCUGCUAUGGCAAUGAAGAAAGAAACUGAAUUUGUCAUUUUCACCUGAAGAAAAAUGAUAGAUAAAAAUCAAACCUGUGGUGUAGGACAGGAUUCUGUGCCCUAUAUGAUUUGUCUGAUUCACAUACUGGAAGAAUGGUUUGGUGUGGAGCAGUUGGAGGACUAUUUGAAUUUUGCAAACUAUCUCUUGUGGGUUUUUACACCACUAAUACUUUUAAUACUUCCUUACUUUACUAUCUUUCUUCUCUACCUUACUAUUAUUUUCUUACACAUUUAUAAGAGAAAGAAUGUAUUGAAAGAAGCCUACUCUCAUAAUUUAUGGGAUGGUGCAAGGAAAACGGUGGCAACUCUGUGGGAUGGACAUGCAGCUGUUUGGCAUGGUUAUGAAGUUCAUGGAAUGGAAAAAAUACCAGAAGAUGGACCAGCACUUAUAAUUUUUUAUCAUGGAGCUAUUCCUAUAGAUUUUUACUAUUUCAUGGCUAAAAUAUUUAUACACAAAGGCAGAACUUGCCGAGUAGUAGCUGAUCACUUUGUCUUUAAGAUUCCAGGGUUUAGUUUAUUACUGGAUGUGUUUUGUGCUCUACAUGGACCAAGAGAAAAAUGUGUUGAAAUUCUGAGGAGUGGCCACUUGUUAGCUAUCUCACCAGGUGGAGUUCGAGAAGCCUUAAUUAGUGAUGAAACUUACAACAUCAUAUGGGGUCAUCGCAAAGGCUUCGCUCAGGUUGCAAUUGAUGCAAAAGUGCCCAUUAUUCCUAUGUUUACACAAAAUAUCCGAGAAGGAUUUAGAUCACUUGGAGGAACAAGGUUAUUUAGGUGGCUUUAUGAAAAAUUCCGCUAUCCAUUUGCUCCAAUGUAUGGAGGUUUUCCAGUGAAGUUACGGACCUAUUUAGGUGACCCCAUUCCAUAUGACCCACAGAUAACAGCGGAAGAAUUAGCUGAAAAGACGAAGAAUGCUGUUCAAGCUUUGAUUGACAAGCACCAAAGAAUACCAGGAAACAUUAUGAGUGCUUUGUUAGAACGUUUUCAUUGAUAACAAAGGGUCAACUAGAAGAUGAUUUAAUACAUUUAUAUUAAAUGUUUGUAUCUAAGGUACUGUCUUCUGAAUUUUGUAGGUCCUAUAAUUAGUAUUUUUUAAAAAAUCAUGUUAAUAAGCAUCUUUCAUAGAAUUCAUUUGUUUAAAAUGGUCAAUUUUGUUUUUGCAGUUGUGUCAAAUACUAACAAAUUACACACCUAAUAAUUCAGAAAAAGAUGUUUGAUUUGUAAAUUCCUAACAAUGUAUGCUAAACAUAUAGAUUCUUAAGUUUAUUAAUAACAGGGUUUAGGUUAAACAAACAUUCCUGGAUAAUGCAUUAAAUUUCUGUAUCUGUCACCCUGAGCUGAUUUUGAGAGAUGGUAUAAGCUAGGGGUUAGUAUAGUUGUUUAAGUUAGAAAAAACAUGCUGUUGUCUGCCCCUCAUUCCUUUCAUGACCUUGGGCAAGUCACAUAAUGUUUUUGUGCCUCAACAGUUCACUUUUUAAAAACAUGAUCGUAUGGUGAAUGAUAUUAUUUUGUUAUUUAUAUUUGCUGUGAUUGAUAACUGUUGAACCAAAAUAAUAAAAUAAUUAAUUUAAACAAUGUCAAAAUCCUUUAGCAGUUAUGUAUAUAUUUUCUCCAUUGUGUCUUUAAAUUAUGUCAUGUCCAGUUGCCAAGCACAAUGAAAAAGAUGUAUUAUUUUUUAAAUUGAACAAAAAAUUAGGAAAAAUAAAAUUUCUAAUUAUUAUUUUUAGUAUGAUAUUUUUAACAAGAGUCUAUAGGCAAACAAUAUAGGGUGUGCUGUGCAUUGUCAGCCCUAUACUAUGGUCUUAAUAAUGCCAGCUUAAAAAUCACUGUUGUGCUCUGCAUUUCAUGUGUUAGAAGCUGAUUCUAGGCUGAGGAAAGCAAGAGUUCUCUACUUUUGCUCAAUAUUGAGGCUUACCCAGUUUGACUCUGCAGCCAAUGAAGUGGUUUAUUGCUUCAAUAAAAAUAUACUUGAAUGAUGAAUCUAUUUAUGUUUUGUUUUGUUUUUAUUUAAAGAUGGGGUUUUGCCAUGUUGGCCAGGCUGGUCUUGAACUCCUGACCUCAGGUGAUCCACCCACCUCAGCCUCCCAACUUGCUGGGAUUACAGGCGUGAACCACUAUGCCCAGCCUGAAUGAUGAAUUUAUGUGAACACAAAGCCCUCUGAAAAAUUAAUGAUUUUCAAUUUGUUGUCUUCUUGAAAACUGAAUUUAAGUAUUAUUUAAACAGAAAAGUGUCAGAAAUCAAAUGCAGUAUCUCCCACUUCCUUUUUUAAAUGUUAAAUUACUAGGGUUUUUGUAUAGCUUUUUGUAUUGUGUGUAUUUAUGAUAUGUGAAAUGUACAUAAAAUUAAACAAUGUGAAAAUAAA